AUGCCUUUCAACACUGCUCUAACGAGAGCCCUGGGCAUCUCAGUCCCGGUCGUGCAGGGAGGUAUGCAAUGGGUGGGAUAUGCAGAGCUUGCUGCUGCCGUCAGUAACGCCGGUGGACUGGGUAUUCUCACGGCCCUUACUCAACCGACCCCGGAAGACCUUCGCAAAGAGAUCCGAAAGUGCAAGGCCAUGACCAAGAAGCCCUUUGCCGUGAACAUCACCCUCCUCCCCGCACUCGUUCCCCCAGACUACGGCGCCUAUGCUCAGGUGGUCAUCGACGAAGGUAUCAAGAUUGUCGAGACAGCGGGAAACAACCCAGGCCCAGUUAUUGAAAAGCUCAAGAAGGCCAACACCACCAUCCUCCACAAAUGCACGACUAUUCGUCAUGCCAAGUCUGCUGUGAAACUGGGCGUCGACUUCUUGUCUAUCGACGGAUUCGAAUGUGCAGGCCAUGUCGGCGAAACGGACAUCACCAACUUCAUUCUCCUCAGUCGCGCGCGUCAGGAGCUCAAGACCCCGUUUAUUGCAUCUGGUGGGUUUGCUGACGGUCAGGGACUGGCUGCUGCUCUGGCUCUUGGAGCCGAGGGUAUCAACAUGGGUACUCGAUUCAUGUGCACAAUUGAAGCACCCAUUCACAUCAACGUCAAGGAGGCAAUUGUCAAGUCAGAUGAGACGCAGACGGCUUUGGUCAUGAGACGGUGGAAGAACACCACUCGUUUGUAUGGCAACAAGGUGGCCAAGGAGGCUCUGAAGGUGGAGAAGGAAAGCAAGACGGGCGAGUUCAGUGAUAUCGCGCCCUUCGUCAGUGGCAAACGCGGCCGAGAGGUUUUCUUGAACGGCGAUAUUGACUAUGGAGUCUGGACCGCCGGUCAAGUCAUUGGCCUAAUCCACGAUAUUCCGACUUGCGCUGAGCUUCUCCAGCGAAUCGAGAAGGAAGCCGUCGAGGCGCUGGACCGCUCCAGGUCGUUGCACACGGCAACCAUCCCCAGCAAGCUGUAG